AACGCCACUGUAAUAAUAUGGAGAAAAAUUAUGUUUGCAUUCGGGGAUAUUUUAAGCGAUAGUUGAACCAGAGACGAAUUUAGAGUUCAUGCCGACGCAUAAUGCAUUGCACUUGAUUUCCUAUUGACAAUUUUCCUCGAAAAGUUUUCGACUCAAAAUGUACUUGAAGUAUUUGAAUGAUGGUGACAGAAGUGUAUGUAACGAAUACUUGGCUGUGAUUUUAUCUUGCAUCAUAUAUUACAUAUGUGGCGUACACACAGGAUGGACUUCACCGUCCUUAGCGAAACUCCAAUCGGACGAGUAUCCCUUCGAAAUAUCCAACGAGGAAGCGUCAUACAUGGCCAUACUUGGACCCAUCGGCGACAUUGUAGGAGAAAUAUCAUACACGUUUUUCGCCGAUAAAAUCGGUAGAAAAAACACGUUACUCUUAGCCGGAGUACCGAUGAUGUGUUCAUGGGUUCUAAUAUACACAUCUCAAAUUUCACCAAUAAUGAUCUACGUGGCACGAUUCCUAGGAGGAAUUUGUAUGGGAACAGCCAUUUCGGUGUCACCAAUGUAUACAGCUGAAAUAUCUCGUCCAGAAAUUAGGGGAAAAUUGGGAGUGAUAUCAGUUUUCUCUUUCAUGAGUGGAGUGAUCACGAUUAAUCUAAUAGGAAAAUUUCUAACUAUCCAUCAGUCUGCUUUGAUCUUCUUAAGUGUGGUAAUAAUGUUUUUCUUAACGUUUUCAUCCAUGCCCAAAUCCCCAUAUUAUCUCCUCAUGAAAGGACGAAAAGAGGAAGCCGAGAGAAGUCUUAGGUUUUUCAGAAGAUCCUCCGAUGUCACCAAAGAAGCAUUAUCGUUGUCUGCCGACGUGGAAAGGCAACUAAGCGAAUCAGGAUCAUACAAGGAUCUUUUCACCUUCCGUGCAAAUAGAAAAGCUCUAACACUCAUGAUUUUAGGAAGGAUCUUCCAACAGUUGACCGGCUCAACCGCUUUGACGAUGUACGGCCAGCAUCUGCUACAAGGAUCUUCUCAAAUCAUUGAGCCACAAUUCGCCAUCACCAUAAUCUCGAUAGGUCAAGCAGUUUGCGUCAUCCUUUGUGGUUCUAUAUCCGAUAGAUUUGGAAGGGUGCCGCUUUUAAUCUACACUACCGGAGUAUGUUCUGUUAGCCUCCUUGUCAUGGGAAUUUAUUUUUCUCUUAGGGACUUUACCGACUUGAAUCCAUCGGUUAUUACGCCGAUUUUGGUUUACGGUGUCUACUUCCUGGUAUACCAAACUGGUAUCGGGUCGCUUCUCAACGUUCUGCUCGGAGAAAUGUUUUCAGCGUCAGUAAAGCCUAAAGCGAUAGCUGUAGCGAACAUAACAUAUUCCUUAACUGUUCUAUUUUCGACUAAGUUUUAUCAAAUUUCGUUUGAUUAUUUGCACAUCUCUGUUUUCUUCUAUUCUUGCGCGAUAUGUACCUUUGUGGGUACAGUUUAUUUCAAAUGUUGUUUUCCAGAAACUAAAGGAAAAGAAUUGGAGCAGAUUCAAAUGGAAUUAGGACAUAAGGGUAGGAGAAAAAGUAAAAAAGUUACAAAAGAAGGUGUUUGAAUGACUAUCAGUCCUUAAAUUUCAGUGAGAGUUCAUAUUGUGAUAUUCUAAAACUAUGAUAAAACAUAAAAGGCUCGAUGAGUUUCGAUUUUGAAGAGUCUGAUAUAUUAUGAUAUUCAUAAAAAUAGAGUUCAUAGAGUAACUUAUCAAAAUGAUGAAUUGUAAAAAUUGAAAUAAAAAUUUCUGAUUUUAUACUUAUAAUACAAAAUUUUGAUUGAAGAGUCUCAAGCAAUCAGUCGAGUAGGAAGUGCAUGUGCAAUUUCACAGAUUAGCUCAAGUUGAAAAUGAUAAAUUACUAGGGUUUCUCUACUAUUGAGUAUUUUGACUAUCUUUCCAAUACUAUCAUUAAGUGUUAAUGAUAGUAUAUGAAAUAUAGUCAAAAUACUCAAUAGUAGAGAAACCCUAGCAAUUUAAAAGUUUUAGAAUGAGAUUUUUUGAAAGAUCAUAGAAACAAACUAUUGUAUUCUUUUUAACCAUCUUUGUGAUACGUCAUCACAAUGGGAGAUGCCUUUCAAGGUAUAUUCAAUUUCUUUUUGUCAACAUACUGUCUAUAUUAGAAUAAUCUAUUGAAACUGGUCUGUGAUAUAAAUACAUAAUAUGAAAUAAACUUCUAUUAACACGAAAAAUGAUGAUUUUUUUUACACUGUGCUGGUUUUUAUUACCAAAGAUUGAUGAUCUAGUUGAAAUUGGUAAAAACCUCAGUAAAAACAUUUUUAUAUAGUGCUUUUGAAUAUAUUGUAUGUAACUUAGUGAAAAUGAAAUAAUAAAAAUUGAAUCCGACUGGUGAAUACAUUACAUGCUACCAAACUGAGUCAUUAAAUUCUUACCUACACCAAGACAAGCCUGUUUCACACCUCACCUGCAAAUAAAGAGAAACAUUAGACUUUGGUUUUGAUAUUUGUACAGAAAUAAUUAAAUAAACUGCUAAAAAGUG